AUAGAACCGUCCUCCCGUGAACUCGGCUGCCUUUGUUGAUCUAGAAGUAGUGGAGCGGGCUACACGAUCCAAAACCCAAAACCCCCCAGAUGCAAUUUUGCUGUUCUGGUUUUGCUCCAUCAACAUUCUUGAUGAACAGGUUCUGCAAACUAGUCGUUGUGAAAUUGAUGCACUGAACCUGCAGCAUCCAACUGACCCUUUAAAUCAAAUCACUGACACCUCUUCCUAAAUUUAAAAAUUUACUGAAACCGAAAGAAAUACAAUAAUCACAAAGCAGCAACAAGUGAAAACCGCACCUCCCAAGCCACGGAUUUUUGUACCGGAGUGAAAUUUCAGCAUAUUUAACUGUUCUCUUUUGGGUACAUUCCAAGAAAAAAUAGUGUUCAAUUUAGUCCCCCCAUUAUUGAAUUCACAAUUCCACCUCCUUUCUCCUAUUCUUUUGUCCCCGGGAUCACCGCAAAAACUUUACCUUUAAAAUGCAUAAAAUAAUGGACACAACGGUCUUCAGUCACAUGGCGCCUCCAGUUUGUUUUCAAAAAAGGUUUUAAGGACUUUGAGUGCCUGUUCUGCCCUGAAGCCCCCGUUAACUCUCUCUACCUGCUCUCUCCUUUUCGAGAUUCUUCAGUUUAAAUACAGGGUCACUGACUUUUAAUCCCUUUGUGUAAAAAGUUGCGGAGGGCUUGCAACUUUUUGGCUACAUGGGGAAUUGCUCACUCAAAGGGGAUGCUGGGAAGAGCCCUCCCAAGAAGAGUGGCAACUUCCGGGUGCUCACCGAUGCCGGGGUGAUCGUCGAAUUCCAGGGCCCCAAGAUAGUCCAGGACGUGCUCGAUCACUACCCUGGGUACGGCUUGUUCAGGCAGGGCUGCGCGUCGUCUCGAUUGCCUUGCGACGAGCGUCUUGCUGGCGGCAAAAUGUAUUAUCUCCUUCCGCUCCGGAAGGAGCAAGGGCAGGAACGAGACAUGGAGGUUGGGCGGGAAUUAGAGGCGAAGGAGGAUGUCAGCCCCGCUGGCUUGGAGGGGAGAUCUUUGGGUGCUGGGUUGGAUCUCGUCGAGAAGUUCGCUGGGGGGCUGGGCCCGGCGAUGGAGGUGCUGCCACGGGAUGGGAAUGGGAUGUGGAAGGUGAAGCUGGCGAUGGAUACAAAGCAGCUGGAGGAGAUACUGUCUCAGCAGGUCAAUGUGGAGGCCCUGAUAGAGCAGAUGAGGAUGGCCGCGAGUUCGGCUUCUCUCCCGCCGAAGAGAGCAAAGGGUUCAUGGGCGGUCGGUUGGAAGCCAGCUCUUUCUAAUGUGUUCAAAGCUGGGUUUGAUGAUGGGAAGUGAAAGCAAGCAGAGGGUUUUGGUUUGAGAGCCAUCUCUAGUUUGGGAAGGAUUAGGGAAGGUGUAGUGAGUUACUUUUAUGUGUUAAUGUGAAACGGCAUGAUAUGUCUGAUUAUCAUGCGUGCAUAUACUGAUCUUUUAGCUUGACUUACCAUUCCAAUUUUGGUGGCAAAAUUGUACUCGAAGGAUCUGGAUUUUGGCUUCUUGUCUCUAUAA